AUAACAACACACCAGGGAAGUGACAACCCUGAACAUCAGGUGUCAGCAAACACAGAGGCUGGCAGCUGGCUGGUAUCAGUUCUACAGCCUGGAGGACACAGAAGAUGGCCUUCAUUGCAGCUUUGGGGCUCUUGAUGGCAGGGAUCUGCCCUGCUGUCCUCUGUGAUGGCACACUGGGAAGGGACACUCUAUCCCAUGAAGACCAAGGCAAGGGGAGACAACUGAACAGUCUCACAUUGGCUUCCAGCAACACUGACUUCGCAUUGAGCCUCUACAAGAAGCUGGCUUUGAGGAAUCCAGAUAAAAAUGUUGUCUUCUCCCCUCUUAGCAUCUCAGCUGCCUUGGCCAUUUUGUCUCUGGGAGCAAAAGACAGCACCAUGGAAGAGAUUCUAGAAGGUCUCAAGUUCAAUCUCACAGAGAUCACUGAGGAAGAAAUCCACCAGGGCUUUGGGCACCUCCUACAGAGGCUCAGCCAGCCAGAGGACCAGGUAGAGAUCAAUACAGGUAGUGCCCUGUUUAUUGACAAAGAGCAGCCGAUACUGUCAGAAUUCCAGGAGAAGACAAGGGCUCUGUACCAGGCUGAGGCCUUCAUAGCUGACUUCAAGCAGCCCAAUGAGGCCAAAAAGCUCAUCAAUGACUAUGUGAGCAAUCAGACCCAGGGGAAGAUCGCAGAACUGUUCUCAGACCUGGAGGAGAGGACAUCCAUGGUGCUGGUGAACUAUCUACUCUUUAAAGGCAAAUGGAAGGUACCAUUUAACCCCAAUGACACAACUGAGUCUGAGUUCUACUUGGAUGAGAAGAGGUCUGUGAAGGUGCCCAUGAUGAAAAUUAAGGAAGUGACCACACCCUAUGUCCGGGAUGAGGAGUUGUCCUGCUCUGUGUUGGAGCUGAAGUACACAGGAAAUGCCAGCGCCCUAUUUAUCCUCCCUGACCAAGGCAAGAUGCAGCAGGUGGAAUCCAGCUUGCAACCAGAGACCCUGAAGAAGUGGAAGGACUCUUUGAUUCCCAGGAUUAUAAAUGAUCUCCGCAUGCCCAAAUUCUCCAUCUCCACAGACUACAGUCUAAAAGAGGUCCUUCCAGAGCUGGGCAUUAAGAAAGUCUUCUCCCAGCAAGCUGAUCUGAGUAGGAUCACAGGGACCAAGGAUCUGUAUGUCUCUCAAGUGGUGCACAAGGCUGUGCUGGAUGUGGAUGAGACAGGCACAGAAGCAACCGCUGCUACAGGGGUCGCUACAGUCAUACGUAGACAACCUCGAACUCUGAAUUUCAACCGGCCAUUCAUGGUGGUUAUCACUGACAUGGAGAUUCAGUUUGCCCUCUUUGUUGCCAAAAUCACUAACCCCAAGUAACCCCAAAGCUCCCCAAGAUCUGAUAGUUCUGCCCAGAACCCUGGGACUGAGCCUGCAUGUGGAUCUCUGUAUAUGUCCUGACAUUCAUGCUCUGAUUGGCUGUUGCAAAGUUGUCUUAGACAGUGACAUCGACUAUCUCUAUGGCCCCCAUGUGCACAGGAGCCUUUAGACUGUCAGUGUCAGGCUCUUAGGCCCCUUGGGAGCAUCUACCCAUGUUUCUGAACCUGGAAUCUAUCUUUAUUCUUCCCUAGUGACUCCUCUUUCUGUGUUCAUACCCCAAACCUAGUUAUUGGCAAGUACACCCAGUCCCAAUAAAGGCUCUGAGCACAUCUGC